AUGGCGUCGGCGUCUUUUCGGGAUUCUAUGAAUUCUCUGGGCUGGUCUCGGAGAGCGCCAGAGCCCACCACCACCAAUGGCUCGUCCUCAACACCAAUACUUUCAAAACUACAGUCCCUAAAUCCAUUUGCGAGCCGUGGUUAUGUUCAUCUGUCAGAAGGCUCUUCUGCGCCGUUACCAGCUCCCACACGAAGAGAAGAAGAGGAAGGGUGGUUUGCUUUGAGUCGAUGGGAUCGCAUGCUGAUAUUUGCGGGAUUCAAUAUCGGCGCCCUUGUCUGCUUUGCAAUUUGCAUGUGCUUCAUUAUAUUUCCUGCGUUGAUGUUUGUUCCACGCAAAUUUGCCAUCCUGUGGUCCGUUGGCUCCGUUUUGUUUCUUGCGUCCUGGGCGGUGCUCCUCGGGCCCAUGACUUAUGCCAAACACCUCCUGUCUGGACCCCGGCUCCCAUUUACUGCUGCUUACUUCGCGUCUAUUGGGCUCACACUUUUUUUUGCGGUUGGUCUCCAUUCCACCCUCUUAACACUCAUAUCCUCAAUAUUCCAACUUGUCGCUCUCGUGUGGUACCUUGUCAGCUACUUUCCUAUGGGCACCACGGGUUUAAGGCUUGCGACUCGCGUUGGAACGGGAAGGGUGGCAGCCUGGAUGAACGACUAG